AUGGAGGUCCACAUGACCGAGUGGGAAGAUAGACAGUGCCAUUUGGAGAGCAUAAUUAAGAAGCAGUUUUACAACAAAGAUGAUGAUAUAAAAGGGAGGGGGGAUUAUCAAAACGUCGGAGGAUUCAUUUCGAGAAAGAAAUUCGAAAUGGAAGAACCCUGUAAAUGCUACAACUGUGAGCAUGUCAUAUUGGUUGUCACAGAAUAUGUGCAGAAAGAGUGUAUACUGGAUCGCUAUGUUUUAGCUUACAAGAAUCUGCUUCAAAAUAUAGACUCCUAUAUUCACGAGAUUAGAAGCAAGUCAGACAUCGAUCAUAAUGUGUAUAGGAAUUUUCUGUCAAAAGAUGAUCCGCCUUGUUCGAGGAAUGCAAAUAAAAAAUGUUCUCCAGGCGGGACGUCUGUGGGAGAGGACCGCCAGGACGUCGAGAUGGAAACCUACACCAUUUCGACCAUCAUGACGAUAAGGACGAAAAUUUUGAACACCCUCCCGAUGUUAAAACGGGUUCUAAGCCAACUGUCCCCUGAUGAGCACAGUGAUUAUUAUGUCAGCAGCAGGGUUGGAAUAAUCGAGAGGGUGAAAAAUAAGAUACACAAUUAUGUCCUGUGCAGAGGGACCAGCUGCACUUAUGAGAGUCUGAAAAUCGGGGGUGGGAAGGCGAGUCAAGUACGCUUUUGCGAGGACGUCCGCUUGGGCACUCCGCCGAGGGAGAGUAACGACCGUUACGAUGGGGUAGGCAAUCGCGACUGGGUGGGCUGCCAAGACUACUCCGACAGAGGUGAAGAGGGCUCUGAUCAGUGCGACCACUACCAUGGUAGCGACAACAACUACCACUACGAACGCUGCAACAACCGGGGGGAGCAACCUCAGCACACGGACGGCGCGUGCCCCUCUCCCCAAAGGAGAGGCAAACCCGAAGAGGCGCAACCACGCGGAGGAGCAGACAGAAUGCACGCGGAGUAUUCAACCCGACGGAGGAAAGAAGCACCAGUAAAAUUUUACGAGAUAAUUAUAACAACGAAUCAGAAUCUGAUAAGUCUGAGGAGUAUUCACCUGUUGAUCGAAAUGGUUAGCUUGUUUCACCGCUACUUAAUGAAAUUCGUUUUGGAAAAAAAGAGAAAUGAAAAAAUAAACUUGAUGCAACUUUAUCAUCUGAGGAAGAAGGAGUACACAUUUUGUGACGAAUCAAAUUACCUCCUAUUUUAUAACUUCCUUUUGGGAAAAUUAAAAAGGAAAAAAAAAAAAAAAAAGAGGAAAUCGCCUUCCAGGAGGGGAAAGAAAUCGGAGUGGAGAAAUCCCAAAGAGAGGAUCACAGUGAGAGGAGGUCCAACACGUCUGAUAAUAGCACAGAGUUUAACUGCCAAAGUGAGGGAGGCGGUUCGAAGGAAGAGGUGCGCGCUCUGA